GAUGCACAGUGAAGCUGGUCCAGCGGCAGGAGAAGAAGAGUCAGAGCAGAUCAUCCAUCUUCUGAGAAAACAUCAACAUCUGACCAGCGGCGCAAAGAACCACAAACAUCGGCAUCAUGGGAGCUGUUCUGGGCCUGUGCUCCAUGGCCAGCUGGAUUCCCUGCCUGUGCGGCAGCGCCCCCUGCCUGCUGUGCCGCUGCUGCCCCAGUGGGAAUAACUCCACGGUGACUCGCCUCAUCUACGCCUUCUUCCUGCUGCUGGGGGUCGGCGUGGCCUGCAUCAUGCUGAUGCCCGGCAUGGAGGAGCAGCUGAAGAAGAUUCCAGGUUUCUGUGAGGGAGGUCGGGGUUCCUCUAUUCCUGGUGUGGAGGGUCACGUGAACUGUGAUGUUCUGGUCGGCUACAAGGCCGUGUACCGCAUCUGUUUCGGCAUGGCCAUGUUCUUCCUGCUCUUCUCUCUGCUGAUGAUCAAAGUGAAGAGCAGCCAGGAUCCUCGGGCUUCUCUCCACAACGGGUUUUGGUUCUUCAAGUUUGCUGCAGCUGCUGCCAUCACUAUCGGAUCCUUUUUCAUCUCAGAGGGUCCCUUCACUACCGUCUGGUUCUACGUGGGUAUGGCUGGAGCCUUCUGCUUCAUCCUCAUCCAACUGGUUCUUCUCAUUGACUUCGCCCACUCCUGGAACGAGUCCUGGGUGGAGAAGAUGGAGGAGGGGAACUCUCGCUGCUGGUAUGCAGCUCUCCUGUCCGUCACUGCUCUGAACUACCUGCUGUCUCUGGUGUCUCUGGUCAUGUUCUACAUCUACUACACCCACUCGGAUGGAUGCACUGAGAACAAAGUCUUCAUCAGCAUCAACAUGCUCCUCUGCAUCGCUGCCUCGGUCAUGUCCAUCCUGCCGCACAUCCAGGAGUCCCAGCCUCGGUCCGGCCUGCUGCAGUCCUCCCUGGUCACCCUGUACACCAUGUACCUGACUUGGUCUGCUAUGACCAAUGAGCCUGACAGGAAGUGUAACCCGAGCCUUCUGGGUAUCAUCGGGCUGAACAGCACCAGCCCGGUGGGUCAGGACCAUGUGGUUCAGUGGUGGGAUGCCCAGGGGAUUGUGGGAUUGAUCCUGUUCCUCAUGUGUGUGCUGUACUCCAGCAUUCGUAAUUCAUCCAACGCCCAGGUGAACAAGCUGACUCUGACCAGUGACGAAUCGGCUCUGAUCGAAGACGGGCCUCAGAGCGACGCCUUCGAGGAGGGCAGCGGCGUCAACCGAGCCGUGGACAACGAGAAAGACGGCGUCACCUAUUCCUACUCCUUCUUCCACUUCAUGCUGUUCCUGGCUUCACUCUACAUCAUGAUGACCCUCACCAACUGGUACAGCCCUGACUCUAACUACGAGGCCAUGACCAGUAAGUGGCCGUCUGUGUGGGUGAAGAUCUCGUCCAGCUGGAUCUGCAUCGCCCUCUAUGUGUGGACGCUGGUGGCCCCGCUGGUCCUGGUCAACAGAGACUUUGACUGAAGCCAGCGAGCCUCUGCUGUCCUCAUCUCUGCUUCACCAGUGUUUCAGUAGACAGUAGUUCAGCUGGAGGAAGGCUGCAUUCAGACCUGCUCUGAGGGAUCUGAGGGGGUUUAGAUGUUCCACAGCUCUGACUGCAGCCCGUCUCUCCUCCUCUAAUGUCAUUGUGAAUCCUCAGCAGCCUGUGUUUGUGGUUCCCCGUGCUGUUGCUGUUGUGUAUAUAUUUCCAGUUAACUAGUGGAUGAUUUUCUCUUUCUGCAUGCUUGACUUUAACAGUAGCUGUAUGUGAAGCUUUCUGAGGACGAUGACGGCUGUGAUGGCAGCAUUUAAAGCUCUGUUCUGUGGUAUUACGUAUGGAGAUGCUGUUACGUGUAAAAUAAGGGAGAAACUUGUGCAUCAGCAGACUGCAGCUGAGCACUGAGCAGAGAGCUUUAGUUUAUCUCCAACUCCUGCAGCUUGCACUGACACAACAAAGACAUUCCUGUUUUUGUUGCUUCUAAUUUGAACUUUGACCGUAAAUGUAAAAAGUGACUUGAUAAGUUAUUUGAUAGUGUUUAGUAUUAGCAUGUAUUAGCACAGGUAGUUUGGCUCUCCAUGUGUUUGUCUCUCCUCUGCUUUCAUGUUUAUUUUCUCUUAACAGUGGACUGCAACUCGUUUAAUAAAACAAGAGGAAAAAGAA